CGCGGAGCGGCGCGGAGGGCAGGAUGUGUGACCGCAACGGCGGGCGGCGGCUCCGGCAGUGGCUGAUCGAGCAGAUCGACAGCGAGCUGUACCCUGGGCUUAUCUGGGAAAAUGAGGAGAAAACCAUGUUCCGCAUCCCGUGGAAACAUGCCGGGAAGCAGGACUACAACCAGGAGGUGGAUGCGUCUAUUUUCAAGGCAUGGGCCGUUUUCAAGGGCAAGUUCAAAGAAGGUGACAAAGCGGAGCCGGCCACGUGGAAGACGCGGCUGCGCUGUGCUUUAAACAAGAGCCCUGACUUCGAGGAGGUGACAGACAGGUCCCAGCUGGACAUCUCCGAGCCCUACAAGGUCUACAGGAUCGUGCCGGAGGAGGAACAGAAAUGCAAAGCGGGCAUUGCCAACGGGAGCGGCCUGAACGACGUCGUGGAGAUGGACUGCAGUUCCUCUGCGAUCGACGACCUCAUUAAAGAGCCCCCCUGCGUAGAUGACUACCUGGGGAUCAUCAAGAGAAGCCCCUCACCCCCGCAGGAGACCUGCAGAAAUGCCCUGAUACCCGACUGGUGGGUGCAGCAGCCCAGCCCCGCGUUGCCCUUGAUGAACGGAUACUCUGGCUACGAGCAGCAUCAUUCAGGUUACUCCCAGAUGGUGAUCAACUUCUACUACAGCGGGAGGCUGGUGGGCCACAUCACCACUUCGUGCACCGAGGGCUGCCGGAUCUCGCUCAGCCAGCCCUCCGGCCACGGCGAGAAGCUGUAUGCCUCAGAUGCCCUGGAGCAUGUCCGUUUCCCCUCGGCUGAUGCCAUCCAGAAUGACCGCCAGAAGCAGAUCACCAGGAAGCUGUUUGGGCACCUGGAAAGGGGCGUCCUGCUGCACAGCAACAGGCAGGGCAUCUUCAUCAAGAGGCUGUGCCAGGGCAGGGUCUUCUGGAGCGGGAACACCAUGGUCUACAAGGACAGGCCCAACAAGCUGGACCGGGAUGAGGUGGUGAAGAUAUUUGACACAAACUUGUUCUUCAGAGAGUUCCAGCAGUAUUACAACAACCAGGGCCGCUUCCCGGACAGCAGAGUCAUGCUGUGCUUUGGAGAGGAGUUCCCGGAUGCGGUGCCGCUGCGGUGUAAGCUCAUCCUUGUCCAGGUGGAGCAGCUGUGUGUCAGACAGAUGGUGGAGGAGGCUGGGAAGACCUUCGGUGGCAGCAGCCCCAUGCUCCCCGUGGCCGAUGAGACGCAGCAUGACCAGGUGUACAGGAUCUUCCAGGACAUCUGCGCAACGCACCAGCGGCCGCUCUUCAGAGAAAACCAACAGAUUGCAGUCUGAGCCUCCUUCUCCACAGAUGUAGCGUGGUGGUUUGGGUUGAUCUAGACCCAGUUUGGUCCCAUUUAGUGCCUGAAUUUCCCUUUUUGGAAAGUUGGUUUUUGUUCUUUGCUGUUUUGCAGUCCCGAGUCUGUAUAAAUACAGCAGUAAAAAUUGACAUGAGAAAGUAGGUUGGAUGCUCAGUGUCUGUCCUGCAGACGCUUUACCGAUUAAAAAUGACUUUUGUACCAAGCAGGGCAGCCCGUGUACUGUCGCUGUCUAUAGCUCACGGCAGGGGGAGGAGGGGGCGGCUGAGCUGUGCGGGCAGGUCAGGGCUGGCGCCGCUUUGCGUUGCCUUUGUCAACGGCCGGUGAAGCAGAACCGUGAAAAUCGACAGCUACAGGGACCCGCCCCAGCGGCCUGCAACUCCAACCUUGCCGAGAAUAGCGAUUUGGUAGGAAGUGACUCUUGGAAAAGCCUUAAAAUGAUCCAAUGUACAAAAUUCUUCCCAGAAAUCAGUGUUGUGUUUUUUUUUUUUUAACCCCAGAGAGUCCUACCGAUGGAAGAUAGGAUAUACCUUCCACAGAGAACCUCCUCAAAGUCCUUUUUAUUUUUGCUAUAAGGUUUAUGUGUCUAAUCUACCAAAGUAUUUUGAAACAUGGAAACCAAUGCAGAGAUUAUAUGUGUAAAUGUCGCCUGUAAGACCUUAGGAAUCUUAAUUUUUCCUAACUAGAGACAGAGUUUCUAUAACUAUGUAAUAUCUUUAAUUUUAAAGAUUGCAGCAUAGUGUGAAUAGGUUGGCUUCACCCUCGCAAAUGCAUGUGUUUGGUCGCUCCCAAGCGUGACCGGGCAGCGGCAUCCAUGUGUAAAUCCUCAUUAACACGCUCUGUGUGCGCACCCGUGAUGGGGCUGCGGGGCUUGUGCCUUGCAGCUGACCCAAACCAGGACCGCACAUGUGUGCCUGCUACUAAGCUGCCUAUUUAUUUUAUGCCUGAGGUUUAUUAAUUUUUUUUUGUAAUUUUUUUUAUCUUCCUGCAAUUA